CAAACUAUUCCGAAGACAGACAAGCCAAUACCAGGAUGGAGGGUCUUGAGAAGUACAGGAUUGAAGAAGCGCCCGACGUGGUGCACUACGUGCCCGAGUUCGUGUCGCCGGCCGAGGAGAGCCGCCUGCUGGAGCACGUGUACGCGGCGCCGCGGCCGCGCUGGACCCAGCUGGCGCACCGGCGCCUCCAGAACUGGGGCGGCCUGCCGCACCCUCGCGGCAUGCUGCCAGAGCCCAUCCCCCAGUGGCUGCGGCUAACCAUGGAGCGGAUCGGCGCUCUGGGCUGCUUCGGCGAGCACCGUCCGAACCACGUGCUGGUGAACGAGUACACGGCCGGCCAGGGCAUCAUGCCGCACACGGACGGCCCGCUCUUCACGCCUGUCAUCACCACCGUAUCGCUCGGCUCGCACGCGCUGCUCGACUUGUACCGGCCGCGUCGUGACGCACAGGAGUCUUCACAGGGAGGUGGUCUUCUGGAGGAUUCGCCACAAAAGGCCGGCCUGCAGGAGGAGGAAGAGGAGGAGUGUGAGGACGGCCGGCCGGUUCUGCUCGGCUCGCUGCUGCUGGAACCGCGCAGUCUCCUGGUGGUGCGACAGGACGCCUACCACAGCGUGCUGCACGGCAUCGAGCCCGUUCGCGAGGACACCAUCACCCCGACCGUGUACAACGCGGCCGGCCGGCCGACUGGCCAGCGGCUGGUGCGCUCCACGCGGGUCUCCCUCACCAUCCGGCACGUGCCCAAGGUGCUGAAGGUCCGGCUGAGACUGUGACGACAGCAGGUCACCGGCGCCCGACGCCGGGCAGCUGGUGACGUCCCGUGUACCAAACUCCAAGGUCCGGCUGAGACUGUGACGACAGCAGGUCACUGGCGUCCGACGCCGGGCAGCUGAUGAAGUCCCCUGUACCAGACUACAAGGCCUGCCUGCGGCUGUGACUCGGCGGGUUCCGCACCGCAUCUGUUGCGUUGUGAAGUCGCUCCGUCGGCGGACAGGUGGAGAAGACAGAAUGGGAGGUGGCCCGAGACAUGUCCCUACCUGGUGCGUGCCGAUUUGUUCAUAGUCACGCGCUGUCCUGAACUCAUGGUAUUUGAGUUAACCGUGAGUAUUGUAUUAGCUCUGUUGGUUGUUGCGUGCCGUAUAUGACAUGCGGAUGUAUUUUUUAGACAAUGCGCACCAUUCCUGGAUUCCAUGUGUAAUGCGCGCCCCGGCUUGUGGCUGGCUGGUUUCGGAUUUGCAUUGAAUUGUGUCCGUUGCAUUUGCAAUAAAUGGCGAACGAUA